AUGAACCGAAAAUGUUGGAAUCGGAAGUGUGACAAAUGCUAUACUUUCUCUUACACCAUAAAAGCGCAAGCCUCUCUCUCUCUCUCUCUCUCUCUCUCUCUCUCUCUCAAACUCUCUCUCUCUCUCUCUCUCUCUCUCUCUCUCUCUCUCUCUCUCUCUCUCUCUCUCUCUCUCUCUCUCUCUCACUCUCUCACUGUCUCGGCGCACCUCCGCUGGUGCUUUGCGGACGACCUCGUGGACGGCAUGCCCGUGUGCAUCGGCCUCUUUGAACACGUGAAGAAUGCGAGUGAUCUGCGUGCCAGGCUCAUGGCCGGGCAAUUGGAAGCUGCGUGUCUUUCUCCGGCCUGCUUGGUCAGCGUGCACCAGUUGCGACUGGCCAUUCUAUCGGCCUACAAUGCCAGCCUUGAUCAGAAAAUGAAGACAAAGACGGUCCAAGCGGAAAUGAUGUACGCCCUCAUCCCCAAUAAGCAGCUCAAGCAAGCCUUUGCCUCCUUUGGCAUUGAGGACGACGCGACGACCAUGGUUGUGGUUGUGCUGGGAGAUGCGACAAAGUGGGCCAGUGUUGUGGCUGAUAUUGAUGGCGUUCUGCAGGAUCUCGAGCUCCUCAAUACCCACACAGAUACGGCUGCCGUCCGCAAGGUAGACCCCUGCUUGUGA